UCGGCUUUUAAUCUGUCCAACCUCGUCACCAUUCUCUCUUUCUCCACCAUGGCAGCUCGCGGAACCUCACGGAUUUUCACGCGCCGACUACUGAUCGCUGCGGCCGUUGCGCUGGUUGCUUGCAGCUCCAUCACGUCGGCUGCGAAAUGCACCAUAAAGAAGCGGCCAACCACGUACGCUCCAUCAGCCACAACUGCGCCGGGCGUCUCGUUCGACUUCCCUGACACCGACACGCCAACAGUGACGGACUCGCCCGAGCAGCAAACGCCGGACUCCCCUGUCCAAACGACAACAGACGCCCCGGAAAACCCCACGACGGGGUCUUCGGAGGAGUCGAGCAAUGGCGGCACCACUGGUUCGAUGCCGAAGGCUCAAGACUCGACCGAGGGCUCAAGUGGCGAAACAACCGGCUCGCUCCCGACGCAAGCCUCCACGGAGGGGUCCAUCGCCCAAGCCCCGUCGACGGGCAACUCCAGCGGCGCCCACGCCACCUUUGGCGACGUCACGUCCGGCAGUGGCAAGUGCGUCGUUGGCAACCCGAACGCCUACAUCUCGACCAAGGACGUGGACUGGGUCUGGACGCAGCGCAUGAGCAAGUACGUGCCGGAGUUCAAGAACUACAUCUUCGACCAGCUCGUGACCAACAAGGGCAAGCUGUCGUACUGCGUCCGCUGGGACAGCACGAACAAGCUGUCCAAGUCGGUGGCGUCCAAGUUCGAGGCCAUGCUAAACCGGCAGUUCAAGGCCUGGAACGAGUGGCUCAUCGGAUACGACUGCUGGCCGUUCGAGCAGAUUGACGUGAAGAUCGUGGGCUGGGCGACGCGCGAUGCCUCGCUCUUCGACUGGAGCGACGACUCGCUCGGCACCAUCUACUCGAGCGAGAAGGACGCGGACGGCGUGCCGCAGUGCCCCGAGGCCUGCUACAAGCACAAGGACUUCGCUGCCAGCGCCGACACGAGCGGCUGCAAGGGCAAGCCGUUCGACAUGUCGCUGUGGCCUACGCUGGGCCAGGGUGGCGGCGCCGGUGGCGACUGGGGGCAGCGCGUGGACGCGGAGAACAUGUUGGCGAGCCUGGACCAGGAGCAGUUGACGAUCGUGGCGCACGAAAUCGGCCAUGGCUUCGGCCUCCCCGACUUCUACGAGACGACAGACCAGCCGAACGAGGACUUCCCGGUCUGCGUCAUGAAGGCCGGCUCUUCGCGGACGGUCACCCCAGGCGAUGGCUGGAUGCUGAGGCGUGUGCUGGAGCACAUCAAGUCCCGCUACAAAUUCUAG